UACUGCGUCUGCAUUAUUACAAAAUCAAAAAUGGCCUUAUCAUUAUCCUCUCCAUCAAAUUAAAUCUGCACUUCUCAUUUUCACAUUGCCAAAAAAUCAAAUUUUUUUCAAUGGCCAACACUACCACUGCGGGCAAACCCAUUAAAUGCAGAGCGGCGGUGGCGAGGGCAGCUGCGGCGCCGCUGGUGAUCGAGGAGAUCGUCGUCGAUCCUCCUAAAUCCGGCGAGCUUCGCAUCAAAAUCAUCUGCACUUCUCUCUGCCACAGCGAUGUCACUUUCUUGAACUUAAAUGUGCCGACGGCGUCGUUUCCCAGGAUUUUUGGACAUGAAGCAGUUGGUGUGGUGGAGAGUGUUGGCGAAGGGGUGACCGAGGUUGUCGAAGGCGACAUGGUCAUCCCGAUUUUUAUGUCAGAGUGUGCGGAGUGUAGAGACUGCAAGUCCAAGAAGAGCAACCUAUGCACCAAGUACCCGUUCAAAAUCGAUCCCUGGAUGCACGAUGGCUCGAGCAGGUUCAGGGACCUCAACGGGGAGACUAUACACCAUUUCAUGUUUGUGUCUAGUUUCAGUGAGUACACUGUUGUUCAUCUUGCUAAUGUGAUCAAAGUCGACCCGACAAUCCCUCCCAACCGGGCUUGCCUCCUUUCCUGUGGAGUCUCCACAGGCGUGGGAGCGGCUUGGAGGUCAGCAAGCGUCGAAAAAGGAUCUACAGUUGCCAUCUUCGGUUUAGGAUCAAUUGGAUUGGCAGUUGCAGAAGGGGCGAGAUUGUGUGGUGCUGCUCGAAUCAUUGGUGUUGAUGUGAACCCUGAGAAGUUUGAACCGAGUAAAAAGUUUGGAGUGACUGAUUUCAUCGACUCAACAAGCUGCGGUGAUAAAUCCGUAAGCCAGAUGAUAAACGAGAUGACCGAUGGAGGAGCAGAUUAUUGCUUCGAGUGUGUUGGAAGGUCAUCCCUAGUCGAGGAAGCAUAUGCCUGCUGUCGAAAGGGGUGGGGAAAGACGAUUGUGCUUGGGGUGGAUAGACCCGACGCGAUGCUCCAAUUCAGAUCUGUCGAACUUCUCGUUAAUGGAAAAACUAUAUCGGGAUCCUUGUUCGGAGGUCUCAAGACAAAGUCGGACAUUCCAAUCCUCGUUAAGAAGUACAUGGAUAAGGAAUUGGAGCUGGAUAAGUUUGUGACACAUGAGGUUGGAUUUGAAGAGAUCAAUAAAGCUUUUGAUUUGCUUCAUCAAGGAAAGAGCCUCAGAUGUGUGAUUUGGAUGGAUAAGUGAAUUUGCCUUUUAGUGAGAUCUCUUUGUUACUAUAUUUUUAUAUAAUGUGAGUGAUGAGAAUAUUCCACAGUUGAUGCCAGCGUGGAAUAUCUCAACGAAAUAAAUGAAACACAAGCAUUUGUUUGUGAAUAAUAUAAAGUGGUGAACGAUA